UGAUGCCUCAGCUGAGACGCUGAUAGCGUACCUGAGAAGCUGACACCAUAGCUGAGAAGCUUAGGCCAUCGGCGACCGACCGGCUAGCCAUGGCGCCCAGGGAGGCGAUGGAGAUCGAUGUCGAAUCAAGGGCCCAGAGGGGGCAUGCAAGGGAGCAGGGGGGGGACGGUCCGUCGGGCUCCGCGUUCCGCUUGAGCGUGUCACAGGCGCAGCAUAGGGGGGUCUCUCUGAGUUUUCGGAACCUUAGUUACAAGAUCUUUAUAGGGGGGUAUAAGAACAAGGCGGAGAAGGCGAUCCUGAAGAACCUUAGGGGUUAUAUACCCCCAUCAACGUUCGUCGCAAUUAUGGGUCCUACAGGUUGUGGGAAAACCAGUCUGCUGAAUGUUCUUGGAGGGCGUGUGUUGAAAGGUGGUCGGAUUGAGGGUGAGGUCCUCGUCAAUGGCGAGUCGCGAGAUUCUUCGUUCAAGCGAAUUUCUGCAUAUGUGAUGCAAGAUGAUGUCCUGUAUCACACACUGAGCGUUCGAGAAACUCUCAUUGUUGCUGCCAAGCUCCGACUCCCAAGUUCCAUGCCAUUGAGUGAAAAACUGAGACUGGUGGACAGUAUCAUCACUGAACUCUCUCUGAACAAAGCGGCUAACACAUGGAUUGGCAAUGACCUCGUACGAGGUGUGAGUGGCGGUGAGCGGAAGAGGACAAACAUUGCGGUAGAGCUUCUCUCAGAUCCAUCACUGCUGUUUCUUGAUGAGCCAACAUCAGGCCUGGACAGUUUUCAGGCUCUGAAUGUCAUGAGCACGCUGAAGAGUCUGGCUUCGUCAGGAAGGACUGUGGUUUGCACCAUUCAUCAACCCAGGAGCAGCAUCUUUGCACUGUGUCCGAACCAGACCAGUACUUACACAGCCUCAGAUCCCUCCGCAUCUGAUUAUUUCCUUGAUGUGAUUUCAAUUGACCGGCGAGAUGAGAAACGUGAAGAGGAGUCCACGAGUCGCGUGAAAUUGCUUGUGGACAGCUUUGUGCCAGAGGCGGGAGUCACCCCUCCUGAGAAUCCGAAACUAUUGAUGACGCCCAGCGCCUUGGCAGAGAGUAAAAUCAGGAAGCCGGGAUUUGCAAGCAACUGGUUUACUCAGUUUUUCACUCUUUUUGGAAGAUCUGCGACACAAGUUCGAAGGGACAAGCUCCCAGUUGGUAUUUCUUUUGUGCAGGCCACUGUAAUGGGCUUCAUAGUUGCAGCCCUCUUUUCUGAGAUAGGAAAAGGCCAGAAAUCCAUUCAGGAUCUUCAAGGAGUGAUCUUUUUUAUCUCGAUCUUCACGGCAUUUGGCGCAGUUUUCCAAAUGAUCACAACUUUCCCAUUCGAACGUGCAAUCGUCAAUCGUGAAAGAGCUGCAAACGCCUAUCGGGUUUCUGCUUUUUACCCCGCCAAGGUCAUAAGCGAAUGGCCACUGCGCAUCAUCCCCGGCAUGAUCUUUGUGACAAUUGUGUACUUCAUAAUAGGCUUGGACAACCGUGCUGAGAAGUUCUUCCAGUUUCUGCUUAUUGUUAUCCUCGGCUUCACGGCGUUGUUUGGGGUUGGACUUUUGAUUGGUUCCGUUGCUCCUACGCCUCAAGUUGCCUUGGGGUUGGGUCCCCUUGUCACUGUCAUCUUCAUGCUGUUUGGUGGCUUCUACAUUAAUCUGGAGAACAUUCCAGCUGGAGCUCGGUGGGUGGCAUAUUGUUCCCCAAUUAUGUGGAUGUUUACUGGGGCCGCGCACAACCAGUUGGAUGGUGCCGUUCGCCAGAAUGCUCUCCUUCUCUCUCUGCGUAAAUGCACAUGGUAAUUCCGUAAUAAGGUAAUAACCAUAGGUGUUUUCCAAAAAACGACUUAAACAAAUAGAAGCAAUCUCC